AUGAACCAAUGUGAACCUAGCCAAAAAUCCUCAUGGUCUGAACUUCCACCAGAUCUUCUCUUAACAAUCGCUAAUCAUCUAAAGUAUGACGCAAACCUUCCGAAGUUUCGUGUCAUCUGUAAAAACUGGCGAUCAGCUUUUCCACCCCCUAAUCAUUCUUUGCAUCCGUUCACACCAUGCCAAAUUACCUUCUGUCGGCCUGCAGACUUCGCUGAUUCUGCCGCUCCUUUUCUCCUCGUUUCCACCGCUGUUUACCUUCUACGACCGCGCAAUAACUCCCACGGUAACUCUAGUUGGUUGAUCGCUGUCGAAGAGUCUAAGUUGGGUAAGUUACGCCUCUUAAACCCUCUCACGAAAGUUCCAGUUGAUAAUCUUCCGGAGAAUUUCCCGAAAUUUAUCUCUGGUUUUAGUGCGUUAAAACUUAGCGAAGGGUUUAAUAUACGAUUAUGUGAUGAUACCGCGCCUGUAUUUCGACAAGAGAUUAAACCAUUAUAUAAGAAUAAAGUACUAUUGUGGCGAGGUCCUGAAUUUCUUACAGGAUCUCCACAACUUCAGGGUUAUUUUCUAGUGGUGUUGUAUGAUGUAGGAAAACUUGAAUGUUUUCGUCUAUCUAGACGUAAAAAAUGGGCAAGGGUACCCGAGUUCGGAGCGAAAAUCGAAGGCAUAAUUGAUGAUAUAGUAAUUUGGGAAAGCAUGGUGUAUGCCAUAAACAGUAGAGGAAAUCUUUUUAGAAUUGGUUACGACUCGACUAAAGUGAGUGAUGUUGUUGUUGAUUCAUUCUCACGAGGUUUUAGACGAAAUCGCUUGUUUUUAGAUUGUUGUGGUGGAUUAUACUUGAUUGUGACUAAUAAACAUUGUGAUGAGUAUAAGAUUUUUAGGCUGAAUUCAGUAGAUGGUAAAUGGGAGAGGAUUGGAAUAACAAAUGAGUGA